UUACCGUGGAAAGUAAGCAACCUGCGUAGAAGAGACAAAAGAGAUAAAUAUUUAUUUUGCUUACCCUUAUCCCUCGCAGUUCCACCUGCUCCAAAUGUCACGGUCUCAUCAAGUGGACUCUCUAUUGCAGGCCAGAGCUACUACUUCAAAUGUUCAGCUAGUGUGUUGGCAGGUCUGGUGGCAGAGCCUCACAUGAAGAUAGUUUUCCCCAACACAACUGAGAUAUCAGUAGUAGCUACUAAAACACUAUAUCACACAUUCUCUUCUCUGAGGAUAUCUGAUGGAGGCCAAUACACCUGCACAGCCACUAUCAACAUCCCACAGGCUGGUGUAACUAACAUCCAGUCUUCAGUAGCGAAGACUUUGGCUGUUGUAUGUAAAUGCCUACCCAGUUGAGAGGUUUUGGUCCAGCAGAACAACAGGAACUUCUAUCACCUUCUAUUGGAGUCCUCCAA